AUGACUCCCUGGAAGUCUGCUCAGAUUCGGCUAUUGUGGACGAGAUUUCGAAAGAGAGAUAGUAGAAGUUUCCCCACUAUUGAGAAGGCCCUUGUUCAUGCUUUGCAAUGUGCUGUUUAUGAGCCCAUUCCUGGUGAUGCAGCAAGGCACAAUCAAUUACAUUUGGCAAUUCUGGAUCCUGUAUCAAUUAUCCUAAUGCAAUAUGAUUGGACUGGGGCAAUACAUGUUUGGCUUAAGCUUAUGAUACUGAUACUGCAUUUUCUUGGUAACACGGUUUUUCUUCCUCAGUUCACUGUAGGUGCAGAGAGUCAGGUGCAGCGUGAGGGGAAAGCUCCACAAGCUAAGAAAGGUAAGUUACAACGGCUUCAUGAUGUGCAAGAUCGUCCUAGUAAGAAGAGCAACUUAGAGAGGCAGCAUGGAACACAGAUAAAUUUAAGGAGCACAGUAAAAUCUUCAAGUGCACACGAGCAGGCAGGCAGUAAGCAUAAUCAGAAGAAAGUGGAUAACAAGAGUUCUUCUGAUUUGGAAGUCACUGAAAUUGCUAAUCUCGGCAUGGAAGGAAACUCUAGCUCCAUCUUGCCUUCAAAUCAAUUAGACAAAAGGCAUCCAAGUGGGUACUCGGAAUUCAGAAAACAAAUCAUAAAUAUUCUGAGGGAACCAUACAAAAAAGAGGAGUACGAUGAGCUUCGGCAAGCUAUUGAAGCCCAAAAGGCAGAAGGAAGCAAAGAACCUAGUGAUCUUCAUGAAAAGCUCAAAAAGUUCGAAAAGGAACGAAAGAAGAACUUGAUGGAACGUGGAUUUUUCUUUUGGCUUGAGAAUAAAAAGAUGGAAGGCGCUUUCAAACCUUGGAAGGAUCCUGAAUGCGCUGCAGUGGAGCAAGAAAACUGUCUGCUUCCCCCUUCUCCUCCCCCCGAGCGCCGGGGACGAAAAAAGUGUGCAACUCCUUUCAAACCUGGAAGCAACCCUGAAAACCUCUCCUCCCCAUCGCCUGGGAAGAAAAAAUGA